CUGCGACAUAGCUCACCGUCGAGCGCGUGCAGAGCCGGGUUCACCACCAUGGGCGCCACCAGCAGCCAGCCGAACGCCUGCUUCUCGGGUUUGGCGCGCCCGGUGUCGCGCCGAGAUUUGCCGGUGAGCCCGCAGGAGCCCAUUGUGGUGACCGUCUGUGGGGCUGCUGGGCACAUCGGCUAUUCUUUGCUGCCAAUGAUUGCUGCCGGAGAGCUCUUUGGUCCCGGGCGCCGGGUGACCUUGCAGUGCUUGGAUUUGAACCUGCCGGAAGUCAUGGACAGUAUGCGUGGCAUGGAGAUGGAAAUGCAGGAUGGCAACUUCCCCCUCCUUCAUAAGGUUGUCUUUACCACGGAUGAUUCAGAGGCUUUCCAAGGGGCUGAUUAUGCAAUUCUUUUGGGGGCCUUCCCAAAGCAAGAUGGUUUGGACAAGCGGGAGAUCAUGGAAAAGAAUGUGAUGAUCUUCCGGACCAUGGGCCGGGCCUUAGAGAAGCAUGUGAAGCCUGAUUGCAAAGUCUUGGUGGUGGGGAAUCCAGCGCAUACCAACGCCUGGAUUUGUGCGCAGCAUGCUCCCUCUCUGAGACGGAACAUUUUUGCGUUAACUCGCUUGGACCAGAACCGCGCGACGGGGCAAAUGGCACACCACUUUGGUAUCGCAGUCCAUGAGAUCCGAAAUGUGGUGGUUUGGGGCUGUCAUGCCAAGUUCCCGGAUGUGGACCAUGCUGUGGUCAAGGGCAAACCCUUAAUGUCCUGCAGUGACGCAGACCGGAAGGGAUUGAACGAACUGUUUCGAAAGGAAAUGCAGCAGAGGGGCGCCAGUAUCGUGAAAGCCCGCAAAGCAAGUAGUGCAAUGUCAACAGCAAGAGCUAUCACGGACCAUAUCCAUGACCUGCAUUUUGGCACAAGGCCAGGUGAGUUCGUUUCCAUGGGUGUGUGGUCAGAUCAUGGCGCCUAUUCCAUCGGAGAUUCCUUGAUCUUCUCAGUACCCGUGAUCUGUCAAGGUGGCGGGCAAUAUCAGGUCCACAAAGGACUCACAUUGAGCACCCGAAGCCAAGAGAAGCUGAAACAGGUGGAGUUGGAGAUCCUCCAGGAUCGCGAUCUCGCCCGACAGUGCAUGAAGACAGCGCCUGAGCGGGAGCGACGCGCCUAAAGGCAGCGCCUUUCUUGAGGUGGAGGUGGCCGUUUUGUUUGGAGGAAGG